CCCAUCAGGGAAACACCGACUAUGGCAGGAUUCAAGCGUGGGUACGAUGGGAAGAUUGCUGGACUGUACGAUCUGGACAAGACGCUUGGGCGCGGCCAUUUUGCCGUGGUCAAGCUAGCCCGGCAUGUCUUCACGGGGGAGAAGGUGGCGGUGAAGGUCAUCGACAAAACCAAGCUGGACUCAACUGCCACGGGACACCUCUUCCAGGAGGUGCGCUGCAUGAAGCUGGUGCAGCACCCCAACAUUGUGCGCCUGUACGAGGUCAUUGACACGCAGACCAAGCUCUACCUGAUACUGGAGCUGGCCGAUGGCGGCGACAUGUUCGACUACAUCAUGAAGCACGAGGAGGGCCUCAACGAGGAGCAAGCCAAGAAGUACUUUGCCCAGAUCGUCCACGCCAUCUCCUACUGCCACCGGCUACAUGUGGUCCACCGCGACCUCAAGCCUGAGAAUGUGGUCUUCUUUGAGAAGCAGGGCCUGGUCAAGCUCACGGACUUUGGCUUCAGUAACAAAUUCCAGCCAGGGAAGAAGCUGACCACGAGCUGUGGCUCUCUGGCCUACUCCGCCCCGGAGAUCCUCUUGGGGGACGAGUAUGAUGCGCCAGCUGUGGAUAUCUGGAGUCUGGGUGUGAUCCUCUUCAUGCUGGUGUGCGGACAGCCGCCGUUCCAGGAGGCCAAUGACAGCGAGACCCUGACCAUGAUCAUGGACUGCAAGUACACUGUGCCCCCCCACGUCUCCAGUGCCUGCAAAGACCUGAUUGACCGCAUGCUGCAGCGAGACCCGAAACGCCGAGCCUCGCUCGAGGCCAUCGAGGAGCACGCGUGGCUGCAGGGCGUCGACCCCUCCCCCGCCACCAAGUACAGCACUCCGCUGGUGUCCCACAGGCACCUGUCCGAGGAGGAGCACAACAGCAUCAUCCAGCGCAUGGUCCUGGGCGACAUUGCUGACCGGGAAGCCAUCAUCGAGGCCUUGGAGACAAAUAAGUACGACCACAUCACAGCCACGUACUUCCUGCUGGCGGAGAGGAUUCUCAGAGAGAAACAGGAGAAGGAGAUCCAGACCCGUUCCUCCAGCCCCAGCAACAUCAAGGCCCAGUUCAGGCAGUCGUGGCCGACGAAGAUCGACAUGCACCAGGACAUUGAGGAUAGUCUGGCCGCCUCGUCCAUCUCUCAUGGGGGCGGUCCUCAGUCCCCUGCCCGCAGCACAGAGAACCUACUGAACGGGCAUCGUGGGAGGGGCCUGCUGGACCUGGGGCGGCGUGAGGAGCCCAGCGAGCCCCCCGUCCCGUCGCUGGCCUCCGCCCUCCCGCCGACCAGCUCGCUGAAGUCAGGGGGGGCCACAGCCCCCGCCCCUGGCCAGCAGCGCACCUGCCUGUUCCGAGUGGAGGAAGACGAGGAGGAGGAAGACGAGCCGUCCCCCCUGCCCACCCAGGUGAUCCUGCGGCGCAAGCCGUCCGUCCCCAACCGGCUGCCGUCCCGUAAGAGCGCCCCCGUCCUCAACCAGAUCUUCGAGGAGGAGGGCGAAUCGGACGACGAUUUCGACGUGGCGGAGAGCCUGCCGCCCAAGCUGAGCCGGCUGAAGAACAUGGCGUCCCCGGCCACGCCCCACAAGCGCUUCCAGCGGCGGACGAGCCAGACCCGCGGCUCCAGCUGCUCCAGCUCUGAGACCAGUGAUGAUGACUCAGAGAGCCACCGGCGCCGGCUGGACAAGGACACCGGCUUUGCCUAUGGCUGGAACCGGCGGGACAGCAGCGAGGGGGGCAGUGGCGGGGGCGGCGGAGGUGGGGGAGGGCAGAGCAAGCCCCCGGGGGAGGGCAGCACGGGGCCGGACAGGGGCAGUCCACCUGGGGGAGGGGGAGGGGGCGGGGGUGGAGGAGGGGGCGGGGGAGGAGGCGGGAACAAAGGACAGGGCAGCCCCUCCUGCUGCUCCAGCCGAAGCUGCAGCAGCACAUCGGGCUCCACGUCCCGCUCCUCCAGGACCGUCGGGGGGGUGGUGGAGAGUCUGAAACUGAUGAGCCUGUGUCUCAGCUCCCAGCUCCACAGCCUGAGCGGGGUGGGCGGGGCAGGGAUGGGCCGCUUCCUGCUGGACCGUCAGAGCUUCUCCGGCAUCAGGCUGCAGGAGAGGUCCUCCUGGCGGAUGUGCGUCGGCUCCAGUGGCAGCCUCGACGUGCCCCCGCUGGCCGGCCCCGGGCUCGACUCGUACCCAGACCAAACCACCCUGAAGGCGCUGGACCUGGCACGGGAGAGCGCCGCCUUCAACCUGAAGCAUGGCGUGUUGGAGCUCCCUCUCUGCGACAGAACCAUCUCUGUCAACAUCCAGCGUAACCCCCAGGACCGCCCGCUGUGCGGAGCCGCCCCGCCCACCUGCUGCCAGGUCAUCUGAGAGUCGACCUCACCCCC